GGUUCCGCUUGGGCGUGGGGUCAAGGGUCACCUAUGAUGGCGGCGCUCAGCAGCAGCUGAGGCGUGAAGCGGAGAAUGGCGCUGGCGGCGGAGGCUCGGCUGGGGCGCCGGCUGAGCUCCGGGGCCGAGGCGAAGGCCCUGGACGGCGGCCGGGCGCUCGCGGAGCCCGCGGAAGGCGGCCGCGCCCGUGGUCCGGUAGGAGGGCGCGCGGCCCGCGCCGAGCGCAUGUUCCUGCAGCUUCAGCCUCUCGGGGCGCCGGACAGGCCCCCUUCGUGCGGCCCAGCUCCGAGCCGAGCCCUGCCGGUUCGCGGCCGCGCCGCAGGCCCCCGCCAGUGCCCUCCCGAAUGGAGUCGGAGCCGAAGGUCCGGGCGGCGCCUCCCUCCCUCCGUCCGCCCUCGCCUCCGCCGCUGCUCCCCGGGCCCUCGGCCUCUUGGAGAAGCUGCGAGGCACGGGGUCUGCCUCCGGGCGGACGCCUCUCCGGCGGCUGCAGGCCCCGGAAGGGAAGGCGGUUGGCGCGCUGCCCAGUGAUGGAGCGGCUGGGCAUCCGCUCCUCCCCCGGGGGUCGGGGUUGUCACCACAGUUGAGGGAGGAGCGGGAGGCUCAGAGAGCUCAAGGGACAAGCCCCGGGCCCACAGCUGACCGGCGGACGCACAGUGGGCUCCGCACUCGGGCCGUCUGACUCCCGAAGUUCUGCUGUUCGGAAGGGCGGCUGCCAAAUGUCAGGGAAGCCGUGGGCCGGCUGGAGUCGCUGAGCAGCUGGGAAAGGACGUGUCGCCCGAGCGGGUGCAGGGGUGAGAGAGGAAGGAGCGAAGGUCCGAACGCACUCGAAUGGCUGCACUGCAGGCCUCUGCGUUGCCUCAGGUUUGAGAAAAUGGCAGCAGAGGGCGGCUCCCCGGGGCGGCUCAUCUGGGAGCCCAUGCUCGGAAGAGCGAAAAUGUGUCAGGAUGCGUUCUCGUUGGUGCUGGUUGUGGAAACCUUGGUGGGGGAUGAAAAAGAAGCGGAUCGGGCCAGUUUGGCUUCCGCCUUCUCUGCCAAGGAUUUCCUCUGCCGCCUGUGGCUAUGGAUUCCCGCUGCUGUCCUCUAAAACCAAGGAUGUGACGAAAGUUUGGGGAAUGGGACUCAAAGGUUCUCAGUUUGGAUUUCACAGGAGCCGGAAAGAGAGAAGUGUGCACUCUCCCCUUGGGUUUCUCUGCUGUGACUGGGCUGAGAAAGCUCCCUCUGACUUUCAGGAAUCUGAUGACACAAACCAAAUCGGAACAACAACACAGAAGGAGGCUAUAAGGGCGCGUUGUUUGAAACCCUCUGGACUAGAUUAUUUUUCAGCCUGUUGGGUGAUAACUGUGAACCUUUAGACAAAAGGACGUUUGGUGAUGAGAAAGAUGUUGUCUUUUGGCCCCAGAGAGACGACCUUUCUUUGCUGGCUUGGAGAUAGCCUGAAACACUCUACACUGCCUAGAAUGUGGUCUGGGGAAAAUUCAAUGAAAUCCUUAAGAUGGAGGCCGUAUUCCAGAUAUUCGAAAUUGGAUUGCAGUAAUGCUAGAAGUGAUUUAUGAUGGCUUUUCAAAAAAUAGACAUUAGUCCAUCCAUAUUAUAAGUACAAUAAGAAACAUUUUUUAAAAUAAAGGGGAAAUUACCUGGAAAUAUAUACUAGACAAACCUUUCUUUUCACUUUUCUCUUCUUCCCUCAUUCAUUUGUAAAUAUAUUUUUAUGUAGUUCUGAUCAUAGCAUAGGUUUUGUUUUCUGCCAUUUUUCACUUCAUUUUAUAUCACAAUUCUUUUAUACUUAGUAUUGCACUCUUUAUGUGCUGUGAGAUGCCACGUUGCCUUUCUUUAUCCGUUUCAUUAGGAACAGUUUUAGACAUGCAGACGUCGACAGAAUAGGAUAAUGCAUCCCGCGGGCCGUCACCAGCUUCAGCCAUCAUCAGUUCAUGCCCGGCUUGUUUUAUUCGUUUCCCAACCUUCUCCCUGAUAAAUUUCGAGCAAAUCCUAACAUCAUUGAUGUUUGUUCAUAAAUAUUUCAGUAUUUAUCUUAAAAACUAAUGACUCAAAAGCAAAAGAUAAGUGGUGUCAUAUAACAUGCUGUUCUUCACCUUCCUGAGGAAUCGGAGUGGAUGUUGCAGGAAGAAAAUGUUUUUCCUUUCCUGAAAAAUUCAAGUGGUAUUAAAUGACGUGGGAGAAGUUCUCUUUACUGAGACUAAGGAUGCUUUUCAAUAAGUCAGUGAGUCAUGGAGAUGAUGUGGUGCAGUGGGCUGGAGCUGGAGACCGGCUUUCUAGUCCUUGCUCGGCUCUAACAUAUGUGCCUUGAGGAAGUCAUUCUGAUAUCUGACUGGGUAACAACGUGGGGGUCAGGCAGUAUGACCUUUAGUGUUACAAAUGCUAUGACCCUCCAUCAGUGCACUGACCCUGGUGGUGGGUCAGCAAGGGGAUAGGAGGAUGUUUUGGAGCCCUCGCCCGUCCCACUGCCUCUGGACAGACCUCAGGAGACGCGGGAGCUACAGAUCUCCUGCGGCAGAGCCCACCCUCUUGUCCUGGCAGAUGGCGAACGAGAUUGCUCCCAGCCGUAGUGACAGUCACGAAGUCCACAGAGUGCAGGACUUCGAUGAACAGGUGUUCCAGAUACUUUACCAGUUUAUACUGCCAGCGGCAAUGGAGAGGAGAGCCGCUUUCUUCCUAUCCUCACUAGCAAGUUCUUUCUCAGCAGAGCGCCAAGAUCAAGUCCUGCCCGAAAGCUAAGCUGGCCACACUUGCUCCCAUCUCUCACUCUCAGCCGAAACACUUGCCUCCUGUGUCGUUGAGGAAACAGAUGCCGUCAGCUGAGAAAGCCCUCAGUGUCCCAGUUGGACUCCCACCCACUUGCUGCCUAGCCUGAUGGCUGGGAUCCUGCCCCACCUCGGAGACCAGGCCAUGGAAGCUGUGUUCCUGACAGCCCGGUGGAAGGAGUUGCUGUCCUUUGAGGAUGUGGCUCUGUUCUUCACCAGAGAAGAGUGGAACCAACUCGACUGGGCUCAAAAGGACCUCUACAGAGAUGUGAUGCUGGAGAAUUACGGAAACCUGAUCUUGCUGGGAUUUCAGUUUCCCAAACCUGAGGUGAUCUGUCAGCUGGAGCAGUGGGAAGAGCCGUGGAUGCUGGAUCUGCCAAGAGCUGGGACUAGGAAGGCUUCCGGUAGUGCUUGCCCAGGUUCUGAAGCCAGAUACAAGAUGAAAAAGCUACCUCGAAAGCAGAAAAUGUCUGAAGAUUUAGAAUCAUGUAAGAUAUCAGUGGUAAAGCCGAAAACGGCCAAGAUACCUUCAGAAAAAUUACAUAAAUGUAAUGAAUUUGUGGACGUUUACAGACUUGCACUCCCUACUGUUGGUGGUAAACGCAGUAAGGACUUCCUUCAAAACCUUAACCUUAUCCAAGGUCAGAAUGCUCAAACAAGAAGGAAGUGGGGCAAAUGUGAUGAAUAUGGAAAACGCUUCCAUCACAGAUCAUUGCUUUGGAGGCACAAGCAGAUUCUUACAAAUGCGAAAUCUUAUGAAUGUAGUGACUGUGGAAGAGUCUUCAGGCGUCAGGCCAAUUUUGUUCGACAUCAAAGAAUGCACACUUCAGACUAUCCCUUUGAGUGUGACGUGUGUGGGCAGGCCUUCAAACAGAAGUCUGCACUCAGUGUCCAUAAACAGUGUCAUUCUCAACAAAAGCCGUAUAAAUGUCAUGACUGUGGAAAAUUUUUCCGUCAGAUGGCAUAUCUUGUUGAACACAAGAGAAUCCACACCAAAGAAAAACCCUACAAAUGUAGUGAAUGUGAAAGAACGUUUAGUCAGAAUUCAACCCUUAUUCGACAUCAGUUGAUCCAUAGUGGAGAAAAGCCCCAUAAAUGCCUUGAAUGUGGAAAAGCCUUUGGUCGCCAUUCAACCCUCAUGAGCCAUCAACAGAUUCACACUAAACACAACACUCAUAAGUGCCGUGAAUGUGGAGAAUCCUUUGGCCGGAACGUAGAUCUCAUUCAGCAUCAAAGAAUCCAUACCAAGGAGGAAUUCUUUGAAUGUAGAGAAUGUGGGAAAACUUUUAGUUUUAAGGCAAACCUUCAUCGACACGAGGUCAUUCAUACUGGAGAGAGACCCUAUAGAUGCGAUAGGUGCGGGAAAUCUUUCAGUUGGCGCACAAGCUUUAUUAAGCAUCAGAGUACUCACAGAGAGCAGAUAUCUACUUGAUAUUAGCUGGAAAAGCUACCAUUUAAAGACCAGAACUUAAACUUUUUGCAAGUAUUUGUAACUCCAUUGUUUUAAGAAAAUAAACAGCAACUGACACGGGUUCUGUGGGGACCCUCUUUUUGUAGCUAACCUUGCUGUGGUCCGGAAGCACUUAAUAGAAAAUGUAAUAGGCUGUUGUGUCCAGUCUCCCUUGAGCCCCCUAUACAUACCUUUGUUCCCCUAAGUCAGGUUAAGGCAGAAGGGAGGCGUAGAAGCUUUGCUCUGUGGUCCCCCAGGCUGGAGACCAUGUGAUGGAUCGUGAACAAUUUAAUGCUUUAUUUGGUUUCAUAUAGAAAAAUGAUGUGAUACUUUGUAGACAUUUUAAAAAUAGAGUAAGGGCUACUCACUAGUAACUGGUGAGAUAUAAAGAAUUACUAAAAUUGGGGCCGACUCCCUGGUGUAGUAGUUAAAUUUGGGGUGCUCCCCUUCAGCAACCUGGGUUCACAGAUUUGGAUCCCAGACACAGACCUGCUCCACUCAUCAGCCAAGCUGUGGUGGUGACCCACAAACAAAAUAGAGGAAGACUGGCACUGAUGUUAGCUCAGGGCUAAUCUUCCUCAAGCAGUAAAAGAGGAAGGUUGGCAAUGGAUGUUAGAUUGGGGUGAGUCUUCCUCAGAUAAAAAAAAAAAAAAGAAAGAAAGAAAGUAAAAUUUAUAAACUAAAGUUAGUGUGCUACUACAUCCUCCUGAGAGUUCGAAGCCAGUGCUUACAGCAGAUGCCAUUGGUGCCCGGCCCCACCCCUCCAGCCUUACCCCUUCUGCAUGCUUCAUCUGACUUGCACUGUCUGUUUUUCUUGGCCUGUAGGCUUUUUCUAAAACCGUGGAAGGCCACUGCUCUGGGCUGACUAGCAUAUCCUGGGAGCAGGCCUCAACCCAUGCUUGAUGGGAAAUUGAUAAAUACCAGAUCUGCCUCCCGCCUUGGGUGAAACAUCUCUGAAGCAUGGGUUUUACACUGCUUCCGAGUUUUCCCAUGGGAUUAUGCCCAUUCACUCACAAUGGUCGCUGCUUUGUUAGCUGUCUUCCCUUCUGUGUAUCUGUUGUACAUUCCCCUGCCAGUGUUUCAACACCUCUCCCCACAAAUAAAUUGCUUGUACAAAAAGUGUUGACUGUAGUCCUUGAGGAGCCACAUCCCUUCUGUUUCCAUAGUUAGUCCAAGCACAUUCCUAGGUUCAGGUUAAACAGGUUGAGCUGACUGUAUUUCUCUUACCUAUAGCUCACCAAUACAAGAAACCCAUUUGAAAUUCUAAUAUCCUAAUCAUCAGCCUAGGUCUCCAUUAAAAAUUGCUGCUAUUUAGACCCUCUCUUAUUAUUCAAACCCCCUUUAGUUUCUUCUUGAUUUUAUUAUUUUCUUGCUUCUCCCAAUUCUGUGACUUCCUGCCCAGCAUACAGAAACAAAAAAGUUCUACUGAGAAUGAGAAGAAAGCAAGUGGCACCCCAUAAAACUGAGAAAUCUUAAGUCUUGCAGAAGGAAAAUAAUUAGUAUUAGAUUUUAUGUUGGGUUCAAAAAUACCUGAUCAGCAUCUUUGUACUGGUCAGCAUGAAUUGGCUAGAAGAAAGGGUUGCCAAAUUGUAUUUUCCUAAGCAAAAUUAAGAAGCUGAGACUUCUGACUGAUGAGGAAAUAAGUGAAUGAGAGAUAUGUACCCCUUAAAACAACCUUGGGAGAUGGAGACCUGUGAAAAGCAGAUCCAGGCUUGAGUACACAGAAGUCUGAUCCAGGCUAUUAAAUCUGUUCUGUUCGGAUAAUGCACAAGCUUCCAGCUUUCCAGAAAGAAAGAGCACAACUAAAGAAUCCAGGGAUAACAUGAAACAUACCUGCCAUCAGCCACAUCCGUCCCAAGGGAAAGAAAAGAGCUAGGCUAUUCAGUAUGGUAGCCACUAGCCAUAUGAGGCUAAACUGAAAAAAACAAAACCGAAACAAAAUGAAGUUCCUCAGUCAAAAGCCACAUUUCAAGGUCAGCGCCAAUACAGAACAUCCCCAUCAUCACGGGAAGGUUUUUUGGACAGCACUGGUAGACAGACCCUAAGGACUUCGUAGGGAGAAACAGGGAGCUUGCACUUGGUUCCACUUCCGUCUCUAUUUACAACUAAAUUAAAUGGGCUUCUUUCCCCUUUAUAAAUGACCCUUAUAAAA